AGACCCGUGAAGCUUGCUUGUAGAAAGAGCUGUCGUUAAAAGUGACAGGCAAUUGAAGCCAGCAUGGGAGUUUUUCAGUAUUUUUCCUAUGGAAGCAAUUUACUUCGUGAAAGAAUCUUGAUAUCCAACCCCACUGCAAAGUUCAGAUGUGUUGGAAGAUUAAAUAACUAUGCUUUGCAAUUUGAUACCCCACGAUUUCCUGGAAAACCUCGCUGGCAUGGUGCCCCCGCCACGAUAGAAGAAAAAGAUGGAAGCUAUGUAAUGGGAUGUGUGUGGGAAAUUAAUGAGGCUCAUACCAGUAAUCUAGAUGCCCAAGAGGCUUUGUAUCAUCCAAUCUUUGUGGAUGUUGAUUUAGAAACUGGAGAAAAUGUCAAGUGCCGAAGUUAUCAAAUGAACAACGAUAGGACUGGAGACACUCUACCCAGCCCCUUCUAUAUAAAGGUGAUGAUAGACGGAGCCAAGCAGAACAACAUGCCUGCUGAGUACAUCAACUUUCUAGAAAACGUUCCAACCAAUGGCAUCAAAGAACCUCCCCCUGUAUAUCUUACUGUCAUGGAUAUGAUAGAAAAGUUCAGAAAAUCUGCCAAAGAAAACGGAACAACUUUUUGAUUGUCUCUUGACUAGCAUCUGCGUUUGUUGCCUUUUUUUUCUUUCCAAAAGUUGCCACAAAAAGUGGAAAAA